GUGAUCACGGGUGCUACUCGAGGAAUUGGCGAAGGAAUGGUUCUGGGGCUUGCUGAGGCAGGUGCUCAUCUUAUCAUCGUCCAUAGGGGUUCAACAGAUCCCUCCGAAGCUGUCGAGAAACUCCAAGCAUUGGGAGCCCAAGUUGGUACAGUGGUUGCUGAAUUAUCAUCCAACGAAGAAUUUGACACAAUUCUACCCCAAGCGUUGAAGAUUUCACCUACAGGGUCCGUGGAUGUUUUGGUUAACAACGCGGGCAUGUCUUAUUACAGAAAGGGUGCUGAGGAUACUGAAGAUAUUGCAUGGGAUACGGUCUUACAAGUCAACAUCACUUCUGUUUUUAGACUUUCCAGGGCUUUUGGUAAAUAUUGGAUAAGUGAAGGGAAGAAAGGUAAAAUCAUCAAUACUGCCUCACUUUACUCAUUCAUUGGAGGCCAAAACGUCAUUCCUUACACUGCAUCUAAAGGAGCACUACACAGUCUUACUCAAGGCUUAUCCAAUGAAUGGUCUAAAAGGGGAAUCAAUGUGAAUUCAAUUGUACCAGGGUAUAUUAUAACUGAUAUGACUAGUGAUCUUGUAAAGGACAAAGAAAAGUACGCUGACCUGUUGAAAAGAAUUCCUGCUGGAAGGUGGGGCAACCCUGCUGAUUUCAAAGGCCCUAUAGUGUUUUUAGCAAGUGCAGCAAGUGACUAUGUUACUGGUGACUCUAUCUUUGUUGAUGGUGGAUUUAUAGCUAACUGAAAUGUUCAUGAGACUGCCAGAUUAUUCCAGCCCAUGGCCUACCUGAAUGAAUUGAUAUAUGUUUUCUCAGCUCGAUACUGUAAAAAAGCCCAAAACAGUAAUAUGCAUUUUAAAGCAAAAUAUUCCACCUCAUAGGAGCUACGUUAAUUAACAUACAAGUAGAAAUAAUAGUCUCAAAUUCUUUUAAA